AUGACCAACGCUACUACCAACGGCUCUAACGGCAAAGAACGUUCUAAUCCUGAUCAUGAGGAAUAUCAAUACCUGGAUUUGAUCUCACGUAUAAUCAGUACGGGUCAAAGUCGACCUGACCGAACUGGAACAGGAACAAUAGCAUUAUUCGCACCGCCUUCACUUCGAUUUUCUUUGAGUAACAAUAUAUUACCUCUACUCACGACGAAAAGAGUCUUUUUGAGAGGUGUGAUAGCAGAGCUGUUAUGGUUCAUAAAAGGAUCAACAGAUGCGAAUUUACUCAGUGAUCAAGGUGUCAAUAUCUGGGAUGGAAAUGGAUCCAAAGAAUUCUUAGAGAAAGUCGGUUUGGGUCACAGGAGAAAAGGCGAUCUGGGGCCCGUGUACGGCUUUCAAUGGAGACAUUUCGGUGCGACUUAUACAGAUGCCGAUCAAGAUUAUAAAGGGAAAGGAGUAGAUCAAUUACAAGAAUGUAUUUGGAAAAUUAAAAAUAAUCCAACAGAUAGAAGAAUCAUCUUGAGUGCUUGGAACCCCAAAGAUUUAUCCCUCAUGGCGCUCCCACCGUGUCACAUGUUCUGUCAAUUCUUCGUGACCUUACCCAGUGAUACUUCCGAAGGCAGUCAAGAGAAACCGAAAUUAUCUUGUUUGAUGUACCAACGAUCGUGUGAUUUGGGUCUUGGGAUCCCAUUCAACAUCGCAUCUUAUUCACUCUUGACACACAUGAUAGCGCUCAUGACAGAUACUGAACCACAUGAAUUCAUACUUCAAAUGGGUGAUGCACAUGUCUAUAAAGAUCACGUAGAACCUCUUCAAACUCAACUACAGAGAGAACCUAGAGAUUUCCCUUCUUUGAAAUUCAAUAGAUCAAAACAAGAUAUCGGUGAUAUAGAUGGUUUCAAAGUCGAAGAUUUCAUAGUGGAGAAUUAUAAACCUUGCGGCAAGAUCGAAAUGAAAAUGUCUGCUUAA